CUGAGGCAGAUCCUCCUCACAAUCCCACCACAGUCAGAUCUGACAGCGUGUAUAUGAUGUCAUCACACGAUGUGGCUCUCUGUGAUGGUCACCCCAGGUACUGCUCCCUACGUCAGGGGUUAUCCAGUCCCCCAUAGCAUCCCACACACAACAUACAAUCAGCUAUAAAGUCCAUUCAAUACAGGAGGAGUCACACACAAUGUGUUUUCUAUUGAGUCAGUGUUAACAGAAACCCGGUGAUAAUAAAUACAGGUAUUACCUGCAGUCCAGGUGCUUCAAAAAAGUGUGGAAUUUAUUUUCGGGAAAAAUUAAUUUUGGAUUAAUUUGGAAUAGUUAGAUAUAAGUGUGGCGGAGAUAACUGUUUGUAUGUUUGACCAUGCCACACUGCCUGAGGAUGUUACGCUGAUCAACACAAUGAAUGUGAGUGAUGAGGGGCGUGGGAACCUAUCCAACACUAGCGGGGUGGACAGGGUGGAGGAGCGCAUGCCACAGCUGGCCAUGUUGGUUCUGCUGUUGGUGAUCUGCAUGUCCGCCCUGGGUAACCUGCUCGUGUGUUUGGCCGUAAUCUGGGACCGACGCCUACAAAAUAUGACCAACUACUUCCUCAUGUCUUUAGCCAUCGCUGACCUACUCGUCUCGUUGCUGGUCAUGCCCCUUGGGAUGGUGGUUGAAAUCUACGGUUACUUCCCCUUUGAUGCCGGCGUGUGUGUGUUCUGGGUGGCAGUGGAUGUCCUUAUGUGUACAGCCUCCAUCUGGCAUAUGUGUACCAUGUCCAUGGAUCGUUACUUUACACUUAAGUACCCUAUGCGGUACGGACGCAACAAGACAAAAAUGAUGGUGGUUUUGAAAAUUUUCUUUGUAUGGAUAGUAUCUAUUACCAUUAGUAGUCCAAUAUUCAUAUUUGGGGCCAAAGACACAGCGAAUGUGUACAACGACGGAUUGUGUGCACCAACUGUUGCCGAUUUUGUGAUUUACGGAUCAAUUUUCGCCUUCUACAUCCCUCUGACUAUCAUGCUUAUUACUUAUGUCCUAACAAUCCGAAUACUUUGGAAAAACCAAGUUCUUAUGAAGAAUAUAGAACGUUCCAACAAUUACCGACCACGUAAUCGGUAUGGAGAUAAUCGCUGUGUGAUACGGACAUUGUUAUCUCCCCCUAGUGAUGAGGGGUCACGUAAGGUGAGCUUGGGUAAUAACAGUGAUACAGAUGCUACAAUGCUGGCUGGAAUUCUGCCACAACAAGACAACCUGAGCCCAAAUCUGUCCAAUCAGGACACGACAGAUCCUCUUGGCCAGUACGACCUGCUCCCAUCCUCGGACAUCCAACAGGACACAGAAUACCAGGAGACUAACCACAAGCUGCUCAAUACUGAAUAUAAAGGGGGGAAAAAUCGGUCAGCCUCCAUGUCAUGUCUGGAGAUUCACAUCUCCAAUCCGUCUGAUGAUGACAGUUGUCAAUGUGACUCACGGACGGACCUACUUUCGUCCAAAUGCGAGUCCUGUCAGCACGGAGAACGGGAAAACCUCAGCCCUAAACUUAAUAUGUGUCAGUGUGAAAUGGAAACGGACUUGGGAUCUAAACCAAACCUGUGUCACUGUAGCUCUCAAACAAAUGAAAAAACUACACUGGAUGUAUGUCAAUGUGAGUUUGAUAAGGAAGUAAAGGCAUUAAAACGUAACAGACACACACUCCACUGUGCCGCAUCGUUUAAUAACGUUCCUAACCUCGACAAAAGCAUGACAGCCUCACCCCAACGGCUGUCAGAAACUGUCCAAUUUCACAGCUGUGGCAACCUCACACGAGAUUUCAAAUUCAAGGAGUGGAAGCAACACUACUUCCAGAUCCAACGAGAAAUGGACCAAUGUUUGAAGGACGGUUGCGGUUCACCAAGUAGAGAACAUUCCUCCCCGAACAAGGAGUGUCCGAACUGCUCUCCAAGUAAGGAACACUCUCCAAAUAAGGAACGAUCUCCACGGAAACUGUCAGCUAGUCAUGGCAACAUUCCUGAUGGAGGAGACGCUGACAACAGCUAUCGUGUGUAUAGUCAUGGCCAAUUACCAGAUGGAGGCUACAAUACUAUGCGUCCAACUGUAUACGACUCAUCAGUCGACGAUAUGGAGUCUUCUUCGUCAUCCGAGUUUCUCACCAUAAACCUCACCCCAAGCUCAUUCCACAUGUACCGACUAAGUGUGCCACAGGAUGCCACCAUGCCACUCCUACAAAAGUGUAAUGGCACAGCUGUUGGCAACGGUCACUGUGUUGGCGACAAUAGUAGACGACCGAGUUCAGAGUCAACAGAGCAUGUCUACUUCAAAAGACAUGACCCUUCCAAAAAGAGUAUAAAGUAUCUAUUGAAACGUUUCAAUAAGUCUCAAGGCAUGAAACAAGUUCUAUCUAAAAAGGCCACAUCUAACGAGCGGAAAGCAUCAAAAGUACUGGGGAUUAUCUUCGCAGUGUUUGUUGUGUUAUGGACACCAUUUUUCAUUGUGAACAUCCUUUCAGUAUCUUGCUCCUCGUGUACGUGGGCAUUGACGCCGGAAAUGAUGUCGGCGUUCUUGUGGAUGGGAUAUAUUGCCUCGCUGGCCAACCCAAUCAUAUAUACCAUGUUCAACACUGCCUUUCGCCGAACAUUCAUCCGCAUUCUAAAGUGCCACCUGUGUAAGCGUGGCGGGUUCCGCAUGGACAGCCUCGCUAUCAGUUACGCUGCAGCGUCUCAGCUCAACACAGACCGAAGGAACACCAUGACAGUUCUCCUAAAGGAUGACGCCAGACAUGAAUUCCAGAGUCAUGCUGUUCAUCUCCUACUCAGAAAAUACUAGUAGUCUCAUUGUACAAAGCAGAUCAGAGAUAUUUAUGGACAAAUAUUUUGCGGAAUAAACAACUUUCAUUUA